GUACUCAACAUUUCAACUCUCUUAUAAAUGAACCUCACUCCGCCACAUUUCACUUCCAUCUCGGUAAUUCACGAGCCACGAUUCCUCCACGAAUAUAGAGAGAGAAAUUAGAUACAGAUCCCCAACUCUAAACCUAGAUCACCGUUUAAGUUUUUCAUCAUGAAAGGUGGAAAAUCCAAAGCUGAUUCCAGGAAAGCUGAUAGCAAGCUUGCUGUGAGGAAGACCAAGAAGGAAAAGAAAAUGAAGGACCCAAACAAGCCAAAGAGGCCUCCAAGUGCUUUCUUCGUUUUCAUGGAAGGGUUUAGAAAAGAGUACAAGGAAAAACAUCCGAACAAUAAAUCGGUUGCUAUUGUUGGAAAAGCUGGUGGAGAUAAGUGGAAGUCAAUGAGUGAUGAGGAAAAAGCUCCAUUUGUGGAAAAGGCAGAGAAGCGAAAGGAGGAAUAUGAACACAAAAUGGCAGACUACAACAAAAAAUUGGCUGGAGGUGCUGAUGAUGAGUCCGACAAGUCAAAGUCUGAAGUUAAUGAUGAGGAUGACGAUGAGGGAACUGGAGAGGAGGAUGACGGUGAGUAAGAAGUAUCAUAGAAGACAUGAUUCUCUAGAAGGGGUGUUUUGUUGCUCAACUGCAGAACAUGUCUCUGCUAAUAAAAAAAUUUUAGUUUAUAAGAUAUUAACAUUGUAGUUUCUUUUGAAGUUUGUAGAGCACCUGCUGCUUUUAGUAUGGUAGUUUUAAACGAAUUACUUUAAUAUUACUUUAGUUGCUUAUUUUCUGACUUAUAUUUCUUUUGCCUAUUCAAUGUUUGCUUCAGGUUCUUUA